CUCUGCAUACAUCUGAUGUGUGGAGAGGCGUUGAUGGCUAGGGGAAAGAGCAAGCGCGUCGUUAGCGCGAUCCAUGAUUAUCGAUAACGAAAAAAGUGCAGACGCGGUGGGGUGCACCUUCCAGCGACCUUUGAAAGAAAACAUUGCAUCUCCUUCCUUAGAUCUACGCCAAAGACUGCCUCGCUUUCGAAAUGGCGACACAAUAUCCACCUCCCUCCAAACGCCAGAAGCGGGCGCAGGCCGAGUUCACGCGCGAGCAGCAAGAAAUCGACACAACAAUCCCAGACGGCUCCGUUCGAGUACGUUUUGUCGACCAGGCCACAGGCGAGAGUGACAGUCUACCUGUCCUUACCGUAUCCCUGUCGCAAGCGACCACCAAGAACCUCGAGAUCCUUCUCAACAACCUCAAAGACCAAGCCGACGAUCAAGUACCGUACCGAUUCUUUCACGAUGAGGCUACAGAAGCGCUUGGAGACAAAGAAGAUCUGUACAACGCAUUGGUGAAGUCAGGCAAGGCCUCAGCAGAAACUGAGAUAGUGCUGCAAUAUGCGCCACAGGCUGUGUUCAGGGUAAAGGCCGUGUCAAGAUGCGCAGCGGCGGUUUCUGGACACGGAGACAACAUCUUAGCGGUGCAAUUUUCGCCGAAGAACUCAGGGCGCAUGGCUAGCGGGAGCGGAGACAAGACAGUUCGAGUAUGGGAUUGUGACACCGGUACACCUGUACACACGAUGAAGGGCCACACGCGAUGGGUGCUUGCUGUGAGCUACUCACCUGACGGCUCAUUGUUGGCAUCUGGAGGCUACGACAACGAGGUCCGGAUAUGGGAUCCCGAGACAGGAAAGCAGAUUGGCGGUGCGCUGAAAGGCCACACCAAUUUCAUUACAUCGCUAUGCUGGGAGCCGUACCAUCUACAAGAGCCAGGGCGGCCAAGAGUAGCAUCAUCGUCAAAGGAUGGUACGGUCAGGGUGUGGGACGCAGUUGGUGGCAAGAUUGACUAUGCAUUGUCAGGUCACAAGGGCAGCGUAACGUGCGUCAAAUGGGGUGGCACGGGACGCAUAUAUACUUCUUCCCACGACAAGACAAUCAAAGUCUGGAACGCCGCAACUGGCUCGCUGAUCAGCACCCUGUCAGGCCAUGCACAUUGGGUAAACCAUCUGGCUCUAUCCACGGAUUUCGUCCUGCGCACUGCGUACCACGACCACACAAGGGCCGUGCCAUCUACACAGGAAGAAAAGGUCGCGAAGGCGAAAGCACGCUUCGAGAAGGCGGCCACUGUUAAUGGCGAGAUUGUUGAGCGACUUGCGACAGCUUCGGAAGACUGCACUCUGAUCUUGUGGACUCCUCUGACUAGCCCGAAGCCAGUCAAUCGAAUGACUGGACACCAAAAGCAAAUCAACCAGGUCGUCUUCUCGCCAGAUGGUCAGCUUCUGGCAUCUGCAGCAUGGGAUAACCACGUCAAGCUUUGGUCCGCUAGGGACGGCAAGUUCCUUAACACUUUGAGAGCACACGUGGGUCCUGUGUACAUGGCAAGUUUUUCCGCAGACAGCAGACUGCUUGCCAGUUGUAGCAAAGACACGACGCUGAAGGUCUGGGACAUGCGAACAGCAAAACUGAAGGAGGAUCUUCCGGGCCACAAAGACCAGGUCUUCGCGCUGGAUUGGAGCCCAGACGGCGACAAAGUAGGCAGUGGAGGAGCGGACAAGCAGGUCAGAAUAUGGAGGAGCUGAAGAGUCGAUGAUAAACUUGUAGAUCGCCAGGGAAUUUGUUAGUUUUGCGGAUACCCAAACCUUCGAAAAUCUGGGGUUAGAAAUGCGGCUCUGCUCGGGGGCUAAGGCAUGCGGUCCGCUUGCCUGCGUCAACGGUCACGAACAAAGAAUCAUAGUGUGAUAGAAAAGCUUCCCUGCAACAA